UGCUCUCACUUCUCAGGAAAGCAGCUUAUCGUGUAACUCAUUGGAGUAACUCAGAUUCCCCCUGGUGACUGCAGUGGUUUUUUUUUUUUUCAGUUUAUUCUUUCAGCUAAUACAUUUUUACUGAACGAUGGCGGAGGCAGAAUUGCAUAGAGAACGUCUGCAAGCAAUAGCAGAAAAAAGAAAAAGACAGACGGCAAUAGAGGACAAAAGGCAUCAGCUUGAGGACCAAAUUCUCCAACUACAGCAUCUAAAGUCCAAAAUCUUAAGAGAAAAAUGGCUAAUGCAGGGAACACCAACUGGGUCCGAAGAGGAGGAAGAAGCAAGAAAGAAUCAGUAUGAGGAGGAUGAGCAGAAAUUGAAGGCUCUUGAAUUGAACGUCCAACGAUUGGAGCAGGACAUUGAAAGGUUGGAGAGUGAAGAGUCACUAAUAUCUGCCAAAGAACAAAUCCUCAGAGAAAAACUAAAACAGACUGAAAUAUCACUUGAGGAUGUGCAAAAGAGUUUGUUAAAUCAAGAGAAAGAUGCGGUGAGCUACAUCUACUCACAGAUCCCUGACCUCACAAGUCUGUACUCACAAAAAGACGAGACACCUCUUAUGUGUGACGGGGCAACAAGGCUACCUGCAUUGUACGCCAUGGAAAUUAAUGUGGAGAAAGACAGAAAGACAGGGGAGACCAAAAUUCUCUCUACGUCAGCAAUAGACCCAGAGGGGGCUCGUCAAAGAGGAAUAAAGGUCUAUGAUGAUGGUAACAAAGUAGUCUAUGAGGUUCAUCAUGCGGGUGCUGUGGUAGAGAAUGGUGUACAUAAGUUAAGUACAAAGGAUGUAGAUGACCUUAUACAGAAAUCUGCACAAUCACACAUAAUAGAUGAUCAAGGAAUUGAUUCUGUACAAAAAAGAACUGUAAUUAUCGAAGGAAACCCUAGUCAUAUCAAAGAACAAAUACACUUUAAGGAAGCAAAAUUAGAAUUUGUACAUAAAUCUGCCAAAGGGUUUCCCAUAAAUCCUGGACAUGAACAUGCAAAAAGCACUGGGAAUGGAGUUCCAGAGGCCACCUUAGAUCAACCUGUAACAAUGAUCUUUAUGGGCUAUCAGAGCAUCGAUGAUGAGGAGGAGACUAAAAAAGUUCUGGGCUAUGAUGACACAAUCAAAGCUGAACUUGUUCUUAUUGAUGAAGACGAUGAAAAGUCUUUGCGGGAGAAAACAGUGACUGAUAUGUCCACUAUGGAUGGGAAUGCAGCAGAACUUGUAUCUGGGAAGCUACUUACUGAGACUACAGAGCCUUCAUCACCAGAAGGUAAAGAAGAGAGUCUCGCUACAGAGCCCCUACCAGGUACGGACAAGAAAAAUCCUUGUAAAUGCUGUGUUGUCAUGUGAUCACUCUUCUCCUUUAACUUCAAACAGCAAAGAAACUGCCAAAUUCUGAUAACAUAUAGUGACACUCACUAUACAAUACUAUGAACUGGAAGAGACUAUACCUUCAUUGCCUUGCAGUUGGGUUAUUUAUGUUUUAUUUACAGAGCAUAUAUGUUUUCUAAAUUAUUAAUACCAUAUUUAAUCAGUCCAUAUAUGCCACAUGCUCUUGAAAUGACCAACUUUGUUGACUAAGACAUGAUAAUAAAAAUAGUCGGUUUGGAUGAGGCAUACUCAAAAAUUGUAAAAGAAUGCAAGCUAAGUCAGAAUAGCCCAUUCAUAACCACACUGCAUUUUUUACAUUUAUAUUAUUGGUUGGAUAUGCCCCUUUAAAUUGUGAUUUAAGUAUUUUUUGCACAAUUGAAAAUACACAGUAUCCAAGAUAUAUUUCUAAUAUAUAACUAUAGACUCAGUUUUUACAUUUGGCGUGGGGAAGAUAAUCCAUUAAAUUAUUGUCUUUGAUACAAUAUAAAAUAGCAUUUCUCAUCAUGAGUUCAUAAGUGUCUUAAACAGGCCAGCUUUUUAAUAUACCCUCUUCUUGCACACAGGGGAAUCAAUAGAGAUGACUGACUUAUUAAUUAACCCAUGCAGGGAUAUCUUAAAAUUGAGCCCUGUUAGGGUAUUUGGCUACUGGAAAUGAGAACACUGGGCUCGAAGCGACAACAGCCUCUCUUUUUCUUACCAUAUUCUCUGCUAAGCUCUACAACAUAUUUACCAAAGUUUUAUCAUCUCUCUAUUCUUUAUUGAACAGUCUGCAUAGAUUAAUUUAAGAGUUUAUGAGACUGCAGAGAGAUUGAAAAGGCUCUAAAGGCCUGAUAAUUAAUCUAUCUCACUGUAUGCAGCAUAAAAUGAAAUAUUUACAUAUAAUUAGUAUAUUUUAAUUCAGUUAGUAUGAACUACUUAGUUUCAAAUGAUUACAGUGUAGUUUCUCAGUAUUAUGGUCACAUUUUGCUCAGAAAUGAUUCAUUAACAAUUCAAUUUGAUAGUUUGAAGUUAUUGGUGGGGAUUGAGUAGAUAAUACUUUGUUUUGCCUUACA